AUGUCAUCCCAACAAGAAAGGAUAGCAGCACCACCUCCCUUUCCCCAACCAGACGUAACCCGACUCCACACCAGAGAACAAGCAGACGCUUUCUACGAAGCCAGAACACGUUGGCUACAGUACUACGCAGGAAGCCACCCACAGCUACUGCCCACAACCCAACACGAUCCCCCAGUAACCAUAGAAAACCUCUACGACGAGAACAACUUUGAAGAGUUUGAAGAGUUUGCAGCAGGCGGCGACCCGAUACCACCUCCCACUCUACAGAUACUCCCCGCCGCACCUGCUCCAUCCCACAUCCCACCACCACACACCAUGUCUAACACUGCAGCCCCCAAACCCACGAUGAUCAGGAAAAUCGAUGACUUCAAUGGAACCCCAGAUAAAGCCCAAAGGUGGAUAUCGUCCACCAAUCUACACUUUGAUAUCAACAACACCAUCUACAACUCCGACAAGAAAAAGGUGUAUGUGGCCCUCAGCUACAUGAAGGACGGCAACACCACCUCAUGGAGUGAAGCCAAGAUGACCGAAUACAAAGAGAAGAAUGCCUACCCCACAUGGGCAGACUUCAUGAAAACCUUCACAGCCAGUUUCAGAACGGCAAACGUCAAAGGAACGGCCUCAGCCGCCUUGAUGAAAAUGAAGAUGGAACAAGGAGAAAAUGCAGUAGCGUUUAACUCAAGGUUCAUGCUAGAUGCUGGGAAAAGCGGCAUCAACAAUGAAGCCAUGAUCAUGGUUUAUCAAAAGGCUAUCCGGCCACCCCUCCUUCGCGGGGCACUCACCGGAAAGGAACUACUCACCAUCGAAGACUGGAUGAGCACAGUGGCAAACCUAGACGCUAACUGGAUCAGUGCCAACGCUAUCUCAGAAGGAGCGUGGGGCGCCAGAAAUAAAGAAAGACAGAAUGACAGAAACCGCAAAAAUGGACUAUCCACUAGCACCAGAAGGUUAACCAAAGACGAAGAAGAAUCAAGGAGGAAAGAGGGAAGAUGCUUCAUAUGUAACGAGAAAGGACACAUAGGAAGGAAUUGUAGGUACAAAGGAAAAACUCCUGAAAGAAAGGUACGUCAAACCGAAACGGAAGAUGACACCAAAACAGUGGUAGAAGAAGACAGGGUCCAAAACAUCAUGAGGAUGUGGAGGGAGUUAGGAGAAGAUCAAAGAACAGAGGCGAUGAAAGAAUUGGAAGACAAGGGUUUUUAA